AUGCCAGCCGACCCUGAUGAGAUCGCAGAUGUUGUCCUAGGGCAGUUCAAGAAGCUACCCACGAAACGGAGGCCCCAGGUUAGAGAUAAUGGCCUACAUGAAUGGGUUCCCCUGAGCGGCAUCGUCGCAGAGAAAGAUGGUGUUUUGAUUUGUCUCUCACUCGCAACGGGCAUGAAGUGUCUCCCAGCCAGCAAACUCCCCCUGGCAAAAGGAAACGCCCUCCACGACUGGCACGCCGAAGUCCUCGCCAUCCGCGCCUUCAACCGCUACCUCCUGGACGAAUGCGACGCCCACUCGCAGGGCAGCUCGCCCACCUCAAACAUCAUCACAAGACGCCCACCCUCCGCCAUCUCCCCUUCCUCGCCCCAACCCUUUGCAAUCAGAGACGGCGUCACCCUACACAUGUACUGCUCCGAAGCCCCCUGCGGCGACGCAAGCAUGGAACUCACAAUGGCAGCCCAAGAAGACGCUUCACCCUGGGAUCUGCCCCCGUCUUCGUCCUCAUCUACAACCUCCCCGGGCGUCACCACUCCCACUUCUGCCCCUGUUCUCGGGACAACGACAGACACAACCCCCCUCCCAGGAAGAGCCUACUUCUCCCACCUAGGCAUCGUCCGCCGCAAACCAGCCCGCGGCGACGCGCCCCCGACCACCUCGAAAUCCUGCUCCGACAAGCUCGCGCUCAAACAGUGCACCUCCCUCCUCGCCUCGCUGACCUCCCUGCUGAUCCACCCCGGCAACGCCUACAUCUCGUCUGUCGUCCUCCCGGAAUCGGAGUUUUCCGCUACAGGCUGCGAGCGCGCCUUCUCAGCAAGCGGACGAAUGAAGGCCGUAGUGGAUGAAGCGGCGCGUUGGAAGGGCGGGUACCGGUUCUCGCCGUUCGAGGUGCGGACCACGUCUAGAGAGUUUGAGUUCUCGAAACGGAGGGUUAGGGGACGGGCCGGGGCGGAGAAGAUCGCGGCGAGUAACCUCGCUGCUGUCUGGACACGCGGUGGUGGUGUUGAUGAGGGCACGAUGGGCGGCGUGCUGCAGGGGCGGAAGGCGUUUGAUGUCCGGGGCGCGAGUUUGGUUUCUAGGCGGAGGAUGUGGGAGCUUGGGGCGGCGGUGGCGGAGCGGGUGGCCACGGAAGAAGGUGGUGACGACGAUGAGGUCGGGGGGUUGCUGCGGCGGGCAUUGGAUGUUGAUGCGUAUGGCAAGGUCAAGGGCGGGGAGAUGCUUGCUUGUCGGAGGGAGGUCAAGGAGGCUGUGAGGAGGGUUGCGCUGGCGGGGUGGGUUGUCAAUGUUGGGGAUGAGGAGUUUGCGAGGUUGUAG